AGCAGGUGUCUGGUUAGUGUUAGAUCCCAAAACUCGGGAGUAGAUCCUGGGGGGAGUGAAGUGUGUUUCCCCCUUACUUUAAUCUGAACCUACCCUCCACCCUAAUCUAACAUCCUAACCCUAACCCGUUGUGUUUUAUGGUGUUUAACCCGACCCCGACCAUCCUAUCAGCCUAGCCAGUUACCUCUGUCUACUACCAAGUCCUCGAAUCUAAUGUUUACCAUUUAGGUUGCCCCCCAACCCUGCAGGUCCCGCCUACAAACCAUCGAGCUACUGCUGCCAUUUCGCAGCGGACACAUACAAUAGAGCCGCGCCUGCUGUCGGUGCUACGUUUUGUCUUUACCCGGGUGAAAGUGUUGGUUUCCCGCUGUAAUGAUGAGUGUAGCGAUGGCGGAGGGCUGUUUUCUGUCCGCUCUGCAGCCCCACUCCUCUUGCACCGCUUAUGUGGUUCCCUCGCACGGCCCGUGUCCGGACCCAGUGGCUAAAGCCCGGAGGGUCCGGGAGCAGGUCCGGAUGCGGCUGGCUGAGAAGAAGUCCCUGUCCCUGCCCAGGCUGGACGUCAUGCUCGGAUCAACAGACUACAGUCUUCCUGAGGCGAGCUUUGCCCACAUCCACGGUUUCAGUUCCAGAUCCAUGAUACAUACACCCAGCCGCAUAAUGGCUGUGCCCACAGCACCCCUUCACUCCUCUGGUUUCUCCUCUCGCUCUGCUGUGGAAACCAGUUCCAAGGCGAGCCAUAGAGGAGCCAGCACGGCGCAGAGCAGCUUUCAGACCUCCCAGUCACACAACAGAAGCAGACGCUCUAAGUCACUGUGCCAGGCAGACCAGGAGGGGUUUCUUCCCACUGUGCUGCUUCCUCCAGAGAACGCCCCCUACAGGAUCGCUGUGCCUCCCCCUCGCAACCAAAGGCACAACCUCAGUGGGGUACUGGCCCAGGAAAGAGGCUACUGGCAGGAGGAGGAGUUUCCAUAUCAGUACACCUACAAAGGCCCAUCACAUCGCACCAUCAGCCGUAUCACCAACCGACAGCAGCACCACCAGCAGCAGAGCUCAUCCUUUGGCCAGGAGGGCUGGCUGGGAACUGGCAGAGGGGUCUCUGUGACAGGAGAUGGCUGGGGAACACAGUGGCAGAAGCAUGGGUCAAGGGCAAACCAUGUCAUGGGGACUGGGCAGUACCAGUCCACCCUCAACCGUGCUGCAUCACUCCGCAGUUUGAGGAGUGUCGGGAAAGGGGUGGAUGUCUUGGAAGGAGCAUCAAUACACAGCAAUGACCCACUGGCAGAGAUGCAGGGACUGGACAUGGCUACAGCUGUCAGAUAUCUGUCAGAAUCAGAUACUGCCUUGCAAGUUCUUGGAGCUGCAUACAUACAACAUCAGUGUUACCACAGCAACGAUGCAAAAAAUCAGGUCCGGGCUCUGAAUGGCAUUCCAGCUGUGGUUCACCUUUUCUCCAGUGACAACCUAGAAGUGCAGCGUUAUGCCACUGGCGCCGCACGGAACCUCAUCUAUGAGAACACUGACAACAAGGUGGCAUUAAUAGAUGCCGAUGGAGUGAUGUGUCUCGUCAGCAUCCUGAAUGAACCCGACGAGGAGCUUCGAAAAACCAUCACAGGUGUCCUUUGGAAUCUGUCCUCAAGAGACAACCUCAAGGAGAAGCUGUCCAAAGAAGCUCUAUCAGAGCUGACAGAGAAAGUACUGAAUCCUCUGUGCAGCAGCCUCCCAUUAUCCCCCUCUGAGAGAGACAUUUUCUACAACACCACUGGCUGCCUCAGGAAUUUGAGCUCAGUGAAUGAGAGCACGAGACAGAGGAUGAGAGAUAUGCGAGGACUUGUUGACUCCCUGGUGGCCUACAUUCAACAAGAGGAGAGGGCCGAUGACAAGGGUUUGGAAAAUUCAUUGUGUGUGAUGAGAAACCUGUCCUACCAGUUGUACACGGAGCUUCCUCCCUCGACCCGACGUCGUCUGGAGGGCCCAGCGAGAUCUUCUGCUCCCAGGGACAUUGAGGCCAUUGGCUGCUUUACUUUCUAUAACAAAAAACACACUGAGCAGCAUACCCAGAAUCUGUCCAUACUGUCUGAGGCGUCCCGACAACCGAAGGGUGCUGAGUGGCUGUGGCACCCUAAGGUGGUGGUGCUGUACAAGCAUGUUCUACAGAACUGCGACACCAGGUCCACCAGCCGCGAGGCUGCCAUAGGAGCCCUGCAAAAUGUCACUGCAGGCGAGUCCAGGUGGUCAUCAGUGCUGAGUCGCGUGGUGACGGAGCAGGAGAGGAUGCUGCCCAUGCUUCUGGAUCUCUUAGACACCAACAGUGACAUGGAGCUGAAGCCUUUGACUGGUCUACUGAGAAAUCUGGCCAAACACUCCACCAACAAAGACCAGAUGGCUAAGAACAUGGUGAAUGUUCUGGUGUCCAAGCUGCCCAGUGAUGGUCUUCAGAAAACGCCGUCCAGCGAAGUGGUGGUCAACAUCUGUGGAGCCCUGAAUAACCUGGUCACCAGCAGUUCCUUGGCAGCACGUGACAUCUCAUACUUCAACGGCCUGCCAAAGCUGGUGGGAAUCAAGACAUCCCAUGAUAACAGCUCUGGGAGUCUAAAAGCUGCCACAGCGGCCUCGACUGUCCUCUGCAACAUGUUCCGGUACUACAAGUUGCACAAAGACUACAAACUGAAAGGAUUUGCCAGGCGAGACUUCACAGAUCCAACCAUCUAGGUUGCAGCAUGUUACAUGAUUCAUUCUGAGCUUUUAAGCUCAGGUUCAGGGUUUCUGUGAGCAAAAGAAGAGGAAUGUCAAAGUGAUUCAAUGAACAGAUUAUUGAACUGUGAUGGACUGGAACCAGUGGAGCAAUGGACCUUAAGUCUGACCUCUCUUAGGUGGUUGUGUGUUUAACUUGGCUUAGCUUCCAACUUAUAGGCCUUGAUGGUGGGAAUCCACAUCACAAUGGGCUUCACCCCCAAACCCACUGUAUCAUAUACUGUGUGCAGGUAUUAGAGUUUGACUGAUAUGGGUUUUUAACACUGACACUGAUCCCAGUUACUUUGGCCUAAUGUUGCUAAUAGCUUAUAUAUGAUGCCCACAUUAGUCAGACAGGAGAAUUCCUGGUGCUCUGGCCAGCUGAUUGGUCCAGAGCGCUAGGAAACUGUUAAAUAUGUACAAUGAAAUGAGUAAAUCAAAGUCAAAGCAUGGGGCAGCUACACUCAGAGCUGUAGAGCCUCAGCCCCCCCACCCACUGCCCGCUUGCCAUCACGCGAUCGGACACAUGCAUGUACAGUACACAUGAACAUUGGGUGGAGUGUGCAUUACCAAGCAGUGUGGAGAAUUACGGACAGCAUAGGUGAAAGAAUAAGGGAAAAGGUGGAGCUGAGAGGCAGCAUGUGAAAAGAGAAAAGCCCUGAAGCAAUCUGCACCCAAACGCUGCAGAACUACAGCUAUGUUCACAAGCAAGGGACUUUGAAUUAAAAAACUAUCACAGCCUCACUCAGCGCAUCAUAUUAUCACCAACUAAUAAAUCACAGCAGCCAACAACAGGUAUGCUAAAAAGGGAGGGAUGAUGGGUAUGCAUGGAAAUAUAUUCAUAAAUAGACAGCACUCAUUAGAUCUUAGUUGCAAGUAUUUAGCAUUAUUUGUUGUCUCACAAUAGUGAGUUUAACACAAGCCCUGUUCCAUGGGCCAAACCCUACCUCUGCAAAAUAAAUUCAUCCAAAUCCAUUCAUUACCUUUUGAGUUAUGCUGUGAACAAACCAGCAAACACCGGUAACAACAUUACCUCCACCUUGGAAGUCCUCAGUUACUCCAGUUACUCAGCGCUACAAGAGCUUCAUGACAAUCAACAGAAGUUCUGUCAGAGAAAGUGCUACUGUACAGUAGGUGCAAAACCCCACCCCCAAGGUGCAGCAAAAACUGUAUAUAUGAAUCUGAGUGGUGGAAGAAGUAUCCACAUCUUUUAGUUAAGUAAAAGUUGCAAUACCACACUGUAAAAUCCACACUUUUACAAACCCCAAUUCUAGUGAAGUUGGGA